AUGGCGAGAUUCAGGCUGAGGGUGUCCACCGGCGAGGCCCGCGGGGCCGGCACGUGGGACAAAGUGUCCGUGAGCAUCGUGGGAACCGAAGGAGAGAGUCCCUUCGUGCCCCUGGACCGUCUCGGCAGGGAGUUCGCCGCCGGCGCCGAGGAAGACUUCGAGGUGACGCUGCCGCGGGACGUGGGCGCCGUGCUGCUGCUGCGCGUGCACAAGGAGCCGCGCCUCCCGCGGGGCCGCGUCCCGCCCGACGCCUGGUUCUGCCGCUGGCUGCAGCUGGAGCGGCUGCCCGGGGCCGCCCUGCGCUUCCCCUGCUUCCGCUGGCUGCAGGGGCCGAGCGACCUGGUGCUGCGAGAGGGGGCGGCCAAGGUCCCCUGGGACGACCAGCACCCGAAGCUCCAGCAGCAGCGCCGGGAGGAGCUGAAGGCCAGGCAGGAGAUGUACAGGUGGAAGACUUACAUGGAAGGCUGGCCUCGCUGCCUGGACCAGGAGACUGUGAAAGGCUUGGACCUCAACAUCAAGUACUCCGCACUGAAGAACGCCACAUUCCACUUUAAGGCCCACUCCGCGUUUGCAGAGCUGAAAAUCAAAGGGUUCCUGGACCGCACAGGACUCUGGAGGAGCCUGAGGGAGAUGAGGAGGAUGUUUAACUUCCACAAGACUCCAGCAGCAGAGUAUGUGUUUGCGCACUGGCAGGAAGAUGCCUUCUUUGCAUCCCAGUUCCUGAAUGGCCUCAACCCAGUUCUGAUCCGCCGCUGUCGCAGCCUCCCAAAGAACUUUCCCGUCACUGAUGAAAUGGUGGCCCCAGUGCUGGGCCCUGGGACAAAUCUGCAGGCCGAGUUGGAGAAGGGUUCCCUGUUCUUGGUGGAUCAUGGCAUCCUUUCUGGAGUCCAGACCAACGUCAUCAACGGAAAGCCUCAGUUCUCUGCGGCCCCAAUGACCCUCCUAUACCAGAGCUCGGGGUCCGGGCCCCUGCUCCCCCUCGCCAUCCAGCUCAAGCAGACUCCGGGGCCCGACAACCCCAUCUUCCUGCCCAGCGAUGACAGGUGGGACUGGCUGCUGGCCAAGACCUGGGUGCGCAACGCCGAGUUCUCUGUGCACGAGGCCCUCUCGCACCUGCUGCACUCGCACCUGCUGCCCGAGGUCUUCGCCCUGGCCACGCUGCGUCAGCUGCCUUACUGCCACCCCCUCUUUAAGCUGUUGAGCCCCCACAUCCGGUACACCCUGCACAUCAACACGCUUGCCCGCGAGCUGCUCAUCGCCCCUGGGCAGGUGGUGGACAGGUCCACAGGCCUCGGCAUUGACGGAUUCUCUGAGUUGAUCCGGAGAAACAUGGAGCAGCUGAGCUACUCUGUCCUGUGCCUCCCUGACGACAUCCGGGCCCGGGGCGUGGAAGACAUCCCAGGCUACUAUUACCGGGAUGACGGGCUGCAGAUCUGGAGGGCAAUAAAGAGCUUCGUCUCUGAGAUAGUCGGCACCUACUACCCAAGCGAUGCAUCUGUCGGAGAUGACCAAGAGCUCCAGGCCUGGGUGAGGGAGAUCUUCUCUGAGGGUUUCCUCAGCAGAGAAAGCUCAGGUGUGCCCUCCUUGUUGGACACGCGGGAAGCCCUGGUCCAGUACCUCACCAUGGUGAUGUUCACCUGCUCAGCCAGGCAUACAGCUGUGAGCGCAGGCCAGUUUGACUCUUGUGUUUGGAUGCCCAACCUCCCACCCAGCAUGCAGCUGCCGCCGCCUACUGCAAAGGGCCAGGCUCGGCCUGAGGGCUUCAUAGCCACCCUCCCAGCAGUCAAUGCCACUUGUGAUGUCAUCAUGGCCCUCUGGAUGCUAAGCCAGGAGCCCGGGGACCGAAGGCCCCUGGGCCACUAUCCAGAUGAACACUUCACGGAGGACGCCCCACGGAGGAGCAUGGCUGCCUUCCAGAGGCAGCUGAUCCGGAUCUCCAGCGGCAUCAGGGAGAGGAACCAAAGCCUGACGCUGCCCUACACCUACCUGGACCCUCCCCUCAUCGAGAACAGCGUCUCCAUCUAA